AUGGCUACUCACGUAACGACAGUUGUCAAAAACGUCAAAUAUUUCGAUAAUAAACCUAAUUGCAAUUUAAGAACAUUAGGUGGUCCUGAUAUGAGAGAUGCAUUAGCUUAUUCUUUUGUACAGAAUCCACUAUCGUUGUGUAAAUCAGCAAUGAAGAGAAAGCGUCAGAAUGUUCCAAAUAAAAUUGAAGAAACAAAUACUUACAGACGUUUAUGCAACAACCGUCGACAAGAAGAGCGAAGAAAACGACUCGCGAACGUAUUUGCUUCGAAUGAUAUUAUACUUGCUGAUCCAUCGGUGAUGUUCGUAGAAGAUGUUAGUGUUUUUGCCGAGGAAGAAAAUGUCGACGAUGAUACACUUGAAGAUUUAUCGGAGCAGUGUAACCAGGGUGAACUAUUUUAA